UGAUACAACAUUAUGUGAUUGUCAAAUUAGUUUUGUGGCUAUUAAUUAAUAAUAUAAAUAUUAUUUGUCGGCAAUCAUUGUUUACUGUAAACGCUAUCACUAUUAAGGAUGAUAUGCGGGAUGAGAAACACGGCAUACAAAUGGGUAAAGUGUUUGAAGGAUGCGAUGAUGGCAUUAAUAACUUGUCGGUAGACUGGGACGGAUCACCCGUAAACUACACGUGCUUUAGUGGCCACCCAUUACCAGUUGAUCCAAGUAUAAAAAGUGUUGAGCACUGCGACAAUAUUGCAGCCAAUUAUUAUCCUCAACACCAUUGUAUGGAUGAGCCUAUAGUCUAUAACACAAGUUUGCCUACUUUUGGCGAUCACCGACCACUUUGGCCAGUGUUUGGAGAGUACAAGUUUGUGCCCAUUCAGAGAUGGCUUCACAACAUUGAGCAUGGUGCUGUAAUAAUGUUAUACCAUCCCUGUGCCAAUAAAAUAAUGGUUAGCCGACUACGAGCACUGGUAACCGCUUGUAUUGGCAAACAUAUCAUUACACCGUACAACCAGUUAGCAGAGGACAGGCCAUUGGCACUCAUCACUUGGGGCUGUCGGCUAACUAUGAAUCAAGUGGUCAUCGAUACAGUUGUCGACUUUAUUCAAAAAAACUCAAUGAAAGGACCGGAAGGUAAUUAUACCAAACAGGGUCAAUAUGGACAACAUUUAAUCAAACGGUCACAGUUACCACUUACGGGAACCAUCACUAACGGUACCACCAAAACAACUAUAUGCCCUAAUUUUCAUUAAUAAUAAUAAUAAGUUUUUUAAAUAACUU